UCCACAGUGCUGGGAGACUUGGGCGCCGGCGGUCUUUCUCCUUCACAGUUCCAUCUUCCUUCUGGAGCUGGGGUCCGGGAUUCCGCCUGGAGCUCCGCCCCCUCGGUCCUGCAAGUGCCCGAUUGGUCGAUGAUUCUCUCCAGGUGCUUCCUGAAGAGCUACCAUGUCUGGGAACUCUGCAUCUUCCACAGUACACAACAAGAACAGUUAUGAACCCAAACCCACAAAUCUUCGAACGACAGAUAAGAAAUGUUCCUGGGCCUCCUACAUGACCAACUCCCCGACUCUUAUUGUUAUGAUUGGUUUGCCAGCCAGGGGUAAAACCUAUGUGUCCAAGAAACUAACACGCUACCUCAACUGGAUUGGGGUGCCCACCAAAGUGUUCAAUCUUGGGGUUUAUCGACGUCAAGCAGUCAAGUCUUAUAAGUCCUACGACUUCUUUCGGCAUGAUAACCAAGAGGCCAUGAAGAUCCGCAAACAUUGUGCACUGGUGGCCCUGGAAGAUGUUAAGACCUAUCUGAUUGAGGAGAAUGGGCAGAUUGCGGUGUUUGAUGCCACCAAUACCACCAGGGAGAGGAGAAAUAUGAUCUUGAACUUUGCAGAGGAGAAUUCCUUCAAGGUAUUCUUUGUGGAAUCUGUCUGUGAUGAUCCUGAUGUCAUUGCUGCCAAUAUCUUGGAGGUAAAGGUGUCAAGCCCUGACUACCCUGAAAGGAACAGGGAGAAUGUGAUGGAGGACUUCCUGAAGAGGAUCGAGUGCUACAAAGUCACCUACCAGCCCCUUGACCCAGACAACUAUGACAAGGAUCUUUCUUUCAUCAAGGUGAUAAAUGUGGGCCAGCGUUUUUUAGUCAACAGAGUCCAGGACUACAUCCAGAGCAAGAUUGUCUACUACCUCAUGAAUAUUCAUGUCCAACCUCGCACCAUUUACCUUUGCCGGCAUGGAGAGAGCGAGUAUAAUCUCUUGGGAAGGAUUGGGGGUGACUCUGGCCUCUCUGUGCGGGGAAAGCAGUUUUCCCAAGCUCUAAAGAACUUUCUGGAGGAACAGGAGAUAAAAGACCUCAAAGUGUGGACUAGUCAGUUGAAGAGGACUAUCCAGACUGCUGAGUCUCUUGGAGUGACCUAUGAGCAGUGGAAGAUUCUGAAUGAGAUUGAUGCUGGUGUGUGUGAGGAGAUGACAUACGCAGAGAUCGAGAAACAGUAUCCAGAGGAGUUUGCUCUUCGAGAUCAAGACAAGUAUUUGUAUCGCUAUCCUGGUGGAGAGUCAUACCAGGACCUGGUGCAGCGGCUGGAGCCUGUCAUCAUGGAGCUGGAACGUCAGGGCAAUGUCCUCGUCAUCUGCCACCAGGCUGUCAUGCGAUGCCUUCUGGCCUACUUCUUGGAUAAGGGCGCAGAUGAACUGCCAUACUUGAGGUGUCCUCUCCAUACUAUCUUCAAACUCACACCUGUGGCCUACGGGUGCAAAGUGGAAACGAUUAAGCUCGGUGUGGAGGCUGUGAACACUCACCGCGACAAACCGGCUAACAACCUCCCCAAGAACCAAACCCCUGUAAGGAUGAGAAGGAACAGCUUUACGCCUCUGUCCAGUUCGAAUACAAUAAGGCGUCCAAGAAAUUACAGUGUUGGGAGCCGGCCCCUCAAGCCCCUCAGCCCUCUCCGUGCCUUGGACAUGCAAGAAGGGGCCGACCAGCCGAAGACCCAAGUCAGCAUUCCGGUCCUGAAAGGGCCAGCCCAGAUUACAGAACAUCCACAGAGUGCUCUGGAGCUUGCAAGUGGACAUAGGGUGAGAGUUCUUGCCUCUUUUCAUGAGAAACAAUCCUGUAGUUUUGAUGCCUUGGGGGAACCUGGCUCUGGGGAAGUGGGACACAUCUUGGUUUGUAUUUUUACCCUGAAGAGCCAGGUGUAGUCCUUUCUGGCUGUGGAGUGGGGUUUGGGAGAAUAGGGUGGUCUCUUGUUCUUCUGGGCCUCUCAGUUCAGUCAGAUCUUUUUUCCUGUGGCUUUCAGGUUCUUUGCCAAUCACAGCAACUUUCCUGCCACAGCCAGUGACCUCUGGGGCUUUUUAGAAGGAUGAAGUUAGAUUCUGGAUUCACCACUGAUGUCUGAAUCACUCAAAACAAAAGGCAGAGAAGAGCUCACUACGGUUUCCUAAAACUGCUUAUUAUUUUCCAGUAAUUUUCAGCACAGCCCUAAAGUUUAAAAAAAAAAAAAAUGGAGCAAUUAUCAAGUGUGGGAACGCUUGAUAAUGAACUUUAUCUCUCUUAUUGGGGUAUUCUUUUGUUUUUAAAGAGAGGUUAUCUUGACGUUCUGAGAAGUUCCAUGCAGACCCACUCUUGACUAUUCUUACCUAUUCAUUUCUGUCAUCUCAUUUUCUUUGUAGGGUUUGAAAGAUGUUAUUUAAAGAAGGGGCUCUUAGCUCCUUGAUGGUUUUCUUCUAUUUCAAUUUUAUAUGCAAAAUAUAUGAAUGUAUAUGUGCACAUUUUUUUUUGAGAGACAAAUCUAGAGUUUUUGUGAGAUAAUUAAGAGAUAGGCAACCCCCUGCCUAUCAGUUUACAUUUUAGAGUUAACUGGUGGGAGCAAGUUAGCUCUUUCCCAAGGUUGUUUGUUUUGUAAUAGAAAACCUUUCAUCAUGGCUCUCACCCAGGAGGCUUUCUUGGGAUCUCCUUUACAGCUUUGGAAACUUUCACAUGCCUGGGUCCAUCUGAGUCAGGCUGAAUGCUGACUCAGAAACUCUGGAGUUGGAGUCUGGACAUGUGUGUGUUUAAACAGAUUCCCUAAUGAUUCUGAUUCAUGCCCGGGUUGGGAAUACCACCUUAGGAGACUGGGUAGAAACAUACCCAGAUAGUAGUUUCUUGGAGAAAGUAUCAACCUUGGCAUUCCGAAUUCCUCUUUGUUCUAAAAGGACAGUUCUUUGGAGUUGGAUGUUGGAGCAGAUCACCAUAUUAAAUGAAGCAGUCCUCUUAGUCAGGCCGCUGUGCUUUAGAGACUUACUGUAGGGUCUAGUUCCAUCUUUUACCCUUCACAUUGCAGAGGGAGGUGGAACAAAUUCCUAAAUUACAUAAAUGUCCUUGAAUAAAAGCUGGGGUUUUAAGCACCCAGGAGAGAGGUCUUGAGGUACUACUACCUGCAGGACAAGGAAGGUUGUCUCCACCUUGAGCCCUUCACUGUUAUAUUCCAAGUAGGAUACCACAGCCUCUCUCCAAAGUCUGCUGCCAUCGAUUCUUCUCAAAAUUGUGUCUUAGACAUAAAGUAACCUGUUCUUCCUGUCAGGCUGUUGCACAAGGUCUUUAGUAGUGUCUCUGUAGGGCUUUGGACUGGAUGAGGGAAGGAGGAACAGAAAUAGAGGGAAAGGUUCUUGCCCUCAAGAAGGCUACUUUAAGAGACAGGGCAGAUAAUUUGCAACAAAUGAACAUUUGUGAAAGAGCCACACACUGAGUCUGGAAGUACUGAUGUUGCUGUGACUGUUCUCUUGUCCAAUGGCUAUGAGACCAAAAGUGUUGGGGGAUAGAGAUGGCCCAUCUCCCCAGUGUGAGAAUGAAUGUCUGGGAAGUAUGUGUGGCACUUUUACAGGGUUACCUUUUCUAACUUUGUUGAGAUGGUGGCAACUCUAGCCCAAAUGGGCAUUCAGUCUUUUCUCCUGCUGCGAGCUGAGAGUAAUUUAGAGAUCGUAAAUAAGAAGAGGGAGAACUUUGAUUCAAAGAUGUGGGAGUUAGGCUGCACCUCCUCUUGGCCAGAGGGGCCUUCUCUGACUGACUAGCAUUGGGUUAGCCUGUUAUAAACACCGUCAUUAGAGACAGGUCACUGGAUGUUCAUUUUGGUACUCAUUCUGCCAAUGAUAUUUCUAAUCUUCCCCUGUGUUAGUUUGCUAUUCCCAGAGGAGGAACUGAGGUAACCAUGUCCUCACACAGGACAGGGGAAGUUGGAGUUUGAAAACAGCACAAGGUUCAACAUCCUUCAAUUUUUGAUCCCUUCAAAGAUGUAAAGAGAAUAUAGGAUUGAAUAGAGCUCUUCGAAAUUUUAGGGAAGUCCUACUUCCCUCUUUUCUUUUCUGUCCUUCUCCCCCUUAUUACUUGAAUAAUGUAUAUUGUUAGUAGAUACCUAUGACUCUGCUUGUGUCUAUAUCACAAGUCCUACAAAGAAAGGAUGGACUCCAGAGAACCCGUUGCUGAGAUUUUAAGUGUUGCCUGGGGGAACUAGGUGAGACUUUGACAUUUGAUCUAUUGGUAUAAAAUGGGGAAAUGAAAAUCAUAUUUGUUUUUUCUUACUUCCAAGCUGAAUGAAGAAGUCUGUAACAGAUUUGAAAGGAUUUUGUUGCAGAUUCAGAGAACCCACUUCUCUUCUGUUCCUACCUCCUAAUUUCCAAAUUGAAAUUUUAGUUCUUAUUAUCAGUAUAGUCUUUGAUUUUGUCUUGGUAAUGGUCUGGUUUUAUAUCAAAUUGGAAAAUAGAAUAAGAAAAUCUUUUUCAAAAAAGAAAAUCUUUUAAAAAUCUUUUUAAUCCUAAGAUUUUGAAUCUCUUAAAAAUCUUGUUAUAUGCAUUUUGUUGGGGAAUUGCCCUAUAUCAUUGUCUCUGGGUUUUGUUUUCAUUUCCCAAGAAGUUGGAGUGGAGGAUACAAUGUAUUUGUACACCUGGGCAGAAUGGUUGAAUGUUUCUUGUGAAGGUCUGGUGGGCCUCUUGCAAUCCACAUUUGAUCUACAACUGUACUGGUAUUUGAAGAAACAUGAGAUAGCUGUUUGCAAAUAAAUCCAUCUUUUGGUUUUUCUGGGGGCAGGACAUCUGGGUUCUAGAGAAACUCAUUGGUGCUUAGGGUGGCCAGUGGACAAGGGGAAACACAUCCUACUUCACUGAGGCAACUGUGACAGGGUGAUGGAGUCUCAUGAACAUUUCAUUAUCCUAGCCAAGCCCAGAAUCCAUGUUGUAUUUGUUAUCAAGACGUUUGAUAGACAUACCCAACUUUUCCUAUAUGCAUUUUGACUUUUUACAUUUUUAAAUUUUUUAGUAUAAAGAUAUAUUGUCACAUUGGCAUGUUAGAUCUUUGACUUUCCCUAAAGAUAACCCAGACAUCAGAAGUGUGUCCAGGAAUUUUGUUUGGACUCUUAGUGUCCCUAAGACUAUCUCUAGAGGGGUCCGUGUGCUGACUGACUAAUGGGCUACAAUACCGUCUGUAAGCCAACAGUCUUCUUGGUUUUGGCAUUGUACUGUUUGUUAGUAUGGUACAUUAUUGUAAUUUUCUAUCUAUGGCACACGUCCUGAAAAGAAAGGAACUAAACACUAUACAUUUUCUUUAUGGGGAAGUUCUGUGUGCUAUAAUUUUUCAUAGACAUUUCUUGUAUAAUAGUGGUCAAAUUCUCACUGUCUUUAUAAAGAUGAUGGUUGUAUGGUAUUUUGUGAACUCAGCUAAGGGAAUGCCUAUUCAAAUUCUGAAGUUGUGAUUUCUACUAAAAGUCAUGUCAUCUAGUCUCCUGCUUCAGAGUAGGACUUCUCUUUCACUAUCCAUUCCUGAACCUUCUGUCCUCACCUUACCCUGUUAAGGAAUAUAUAGCAUUCUAUUGGAGAGUGUUAUUGUUUUUAAUCUGCCAUGUGUUUGGUUUUUAUUCCUAAUAUAAUAAAUGCAAAGGAAAUUUGCAUUCAGAAACUGA